CCGGCAGCGCCCCCCGUGCCUCCCCCGGACAUCCUGGCAGCCUACCGGCUGCAGCGGGAGCGCGACUUCGAAGACCCCUACCUGGGGGUGAGGUCGUCCGGCUCCACGGCCCUCGCCACUCCCGCUGCCCCCGGCCCCACGCCACCCCCACGCCACGGCUCGCCACCCCAUCGCCUCAUUCGGGUCGAGACUCCUGGGCCCCCAGCACCCCCUCCCGAGGAGCGGAUCUCUGGACCCCCCGCUAGCAGCGACAGGCUGGCAAUCCUAGAAGAUUAUGCGGACCCAUUUGAUGUUCAGGAGACUGGCGAAGGCCCAGCAGGAGCUUCAGGAGCCCCAGAAAAGAUCCCUGAAAAUGAUGGGUACAUGGAACCCUACGAAGCCCAAAAGAUGAUGGCUGAGAUCCGGGGCUCCAAGGAGACUGCAGCUCAGCCCCUGCCUCUGUAUGACACACCCUAUGAGCCAGAAGAAGAGGGAGCCACCCCAGAGGGUGAAGGGGCCCCCUGGCCCUGGGAAUCCCGCCUGCCUGAGGAUGAUGAGCGGCCCCCUGAGGAAUAUGACCAGCCCUGGGAGUGGAAGAAGGAGCGGAUUUCCAAAGCCUUUGCAGCCCAAUUUGAAGGAUCCGAGAAGAGCUGCCUGUCACCUGGCCGGGAGGAGAAGGGGCGACUACCUCCCCGACUCUCUGCAGGGAACCCCAAGUCAGCCAAGCCCCUAAACAUGGAGCCCAGCAGCCCCCUGGGGGAGUGGACAGACCCAGCACUGCCUCUGGAAAACCAGGUAUGGUACCACGGGGCCAUCAGCCGCACAGAUGCCGAGAACCUGCUCCGGCUGUGCAAAGAGGCCAGCUACCUGGUGCGCAACAGUGAGACCAGCAAGAAUGACUUCUCUCUCUCCCUCAAGAGCAGUCAGGGCUUCAUGCACAUGAAGCUUUCGAGGACAAAGGAACACAAGUAUGUGCUGGGCCAGAACAGCCCGCCCUUCAGCAGCGUUCCUGAAAUCGUGCACCACUAUGCCAGCCGCAAACUGCCCAUUAAGGGGGCUGAGCACAUGUCCCUGCUCUACCCUGUGGCCAUCCGGACUCUAUAGAUGUGUGGCCAGCAUGGUGACAGACCUGGGCCCAGCGCUGUGGACCUCGACCUCAGAAACCCUUCUUUCCCUUUCUCUCCCUAGGAUCCAGAGGGAGUUGGAGGAUCUUAAUUUAUUCUAAAGAGGAAAGGUUACGGGUGGGACCUGUAAAGUUAAAGGUGGCUGUAACUGGGGUAGAGAAAUUUCUGGGGAGAAAGGACGGCC